CUUGAAGGCUCAAACAUUGAAACAGCCAAGAGUCAAAGACAGCCCGCCCCACCGGUGCCAACCGCGGCCAGUUCGCAUAACAGCGUUGGAUUGGACGGGGAAGCUCUGAGAGCGAGUUUAAGGGAGGCCAUCCAUCGUCACCCAAUAUCUCGCGUGUUUCCCGUCGCUCAAACUCACUUCUUCUUCACCUGUAAACUAAAUUGUGUCUUUUCAACCUAACAGCUACAUCGCUCCUCAUUGCCGUCGCUGGCCGACUGGGGUCGAAAACCGGUGGGCCAUCUUUGUCGCGGCUUGGCAGACUGGAGGAAACGACGAUGUCAUCAUAACUUGUUUGCAGCCACCCCAAUCACAAACCCCUUUUCGGCCUUUACCCUGCUCAAUCAAUUCGCGCUCAUUCUGCCGCGCCGACUAGUCGUCGGUGUCCCGACAUCACAGCUUGAUUCAUCAGCGAUCUUGGCACCUGUCGAGUCCAGCGCCCGUCAUGGACGCAGCAUCAAACGGGCUUGGAAAGCUAUUGCCUAAGGGCAUCACAGCCAAACGUCGGCGUCACAAGGCCUCGUCCAUCAGCAGCAGCAACGAUGAUGGGGCACGAAGCGCUCCUGUCAGCCGCACCACGACAAACAGCGGGGCUUCUUUAACCGACUUUGACAAUAAUAAUAAUCACAAACAGCACCAGCAGGGCGGCGACAGCAACAACGCCAGCAACAGCGGGCACGACGAGCACAACGACGGCGUCCCGUACGACUCAGACCCUGAUUCGCCUGUGAGCCGCCCCGCCUUUGUUUCACCACACCCAUCCCACGUCGGUUACCUAACCACGUCGUCACCGCUCGUGCAGGCAGCCCAUAACCCCGAGCCGCAGCCUCAGUCGCAGUCGCAGUCGCAAUCACAGUCGCAGCCGAAUUCCCAGCCGCAGACCCAGUCGCAGUCGCAGCCCUUUGGCAACCAGACGAUAGUGUCGGCGCGCUCGUCGACCUUUUCGCACGCUAGCGUCGACAGCACCGACUCGGCCGCGUCGUCGCUCAAGCGCAGCGAAUCGCUCGCCGCCCCCCACCAGCUGUCAAAGAAGCCCUCAACAAGCGGCCGCCUCCGCGACGUCUUCCGGUCUAAGAAGCCGCUUUCCGAGAAGUCGGACAAGUUCGAGACCGACGACCGAAGCCCCCUAGUAUCUGCCGCUGAUCAGCCGGCCGGCUCUGUGCCAAGCAUUCCGCCGCUCGACCCCGAGCCUCCCAAGGCUGUUGCAACCCCGGCACAGGUCCAGCAGAACCGUCGGCUCUCGCGCGGACAAAAAGUACCUUCUAUAAAGCCCCCGGUGACGCCGCCCUCGGCUUCGACUGGCGCGGCCACCCCCGUAAUCGUCAACACCCCUCCCACCCCGACCGACCCUGUGAUUCCCACUCCCGGCCGCGCCGUUACGGCCAGCCCACGGGGCACCCCUGAUGCAUCCCCGGGGAACAUGAUCAGCCAACGGAGAAGCAGGGCCGGCUCCGGCUCCAUCGGGCCUAGCAAACUGUCCACUAUAACCCCCGCGCCAUUGACGCCUACCCCCGAGAACGGACCGGCCACGCCAGGCAACCCAGCCGCUACCUUCUUUUCUUCCAUGUUCUCGGCCGUCCAGAACACGGCCAACUCACUCUCCAACACGAUCCAGAACUCGGCCAUAGCCCAGAACGCCAAUAAGAACCACCCGGCGAACAGUUCGGCGAUCCACACCCCGGUCAAGGAGCGCCAAGAGAGGGAAGACAACGUCGAGGUUGAAUCAUCGUCCGAGGCCCAACCCGACCAGUCAAUGGACUCCAAGGAGCCCGCGGUCAAAACACUUGGCAUGGGAGAUCUGAGCCUCAGCCAGCUAGGAAUUCUAGACACGGCAAACCACGCCGCGACCCCCGUCUCGGCCCGGUUUGCCGAGUCCGAGUCUCGCGCCAGGUCUGAAUCGGCCCCUAUCGAUGCUCACACCACCGGCACUAGUGUCUACGAAGACCUUGUCGGCCGGCCGCGGUCACUCUAUGAGACAGCUUUGGCCGGGGCCUCCGCCACAGGCGAGCGCACGCCUCCGGCUGGCAGUGUUUACGAGGGCAAGACAGAGAUUCACCGAAGCGGCAGCAUACGCAGCGUCGUGGAGAGGAGGAGGCACCGAGGCAGCAGCGCCGCUACUGGUGGGACUAUUGCCGCCGCUAUUGCCGCCGCCAACUCGUCAUUUGCCAAUCCAGCUGCUGUAGCCAUGGCGCCGAAACUCACCGGCUUCGCCGUCGCCACCAAGCGACGGAAUCGCGACUUUCACAGCCUCUUCAAGAGCGUCCCAGAUGACGAUUAUCUCAUUGAAGAUUACAGCUGCGCGCUUCAGAGAGAGAUUCUCGCCCACGGCAGACUCUACAUAUCCGAGGGCCAUCUGUGCUUCAGCAGCAAUAUUCUAGGCUGGGUUACGACGCUGGUCAUGAGCUUUGACGAAAUUGUGUCGGUCGAGAAGCGCAGCACCGCUCUGGUGUUCAAGAACGGCCUCGAGAUAUCUACUCUUCACGCAAAGCACAUAUUUGCCUCGUUCGCCAGCCGGGAUACCACCUAUGACUUGAUCAUCAAAAUCUGGAAGCUCGGCCACCCUCAUUUGCAGAGCUCGCUGAAUGGCGUUCGCCUCGAGGAGCCUGGGGGUGACAGGACUGAGAAGAUCGAGACCGAGUCCGUCUCUGCCGUGAACGAUAACGACCACAGCGUUUCUGGAUCUGACGCUGAGAGCGAGGUUCGUGAUGAUGACGAUGACGUCUACGACGAGGACGAGGACGGAGACGACGGCCAAGAAGCAUCUCAGGCGACUGAAGCUCAGGCUACGGAGCCUUUCCCUGGGGAGAGGACGGUUACGCGCAAGGCCUCUGCGGCGGUCGGUCCCGCUGCGGCCGAGAAGGUAGACGAGAGCGCUCCGUCUGGGGCUGGUGUUGAUUUCCCUGGGCCUGCUGUUCACGCACCUACCGAGUGUGGCGAUGCGGCAACCCACUAUGACAAAAUUCUGGGCGACGACGUUGUGCCCGCGCCUCUGGGCAAGGUUUAUAGCCUCCUCUUUGGCCCUGCCUCGGCUGCCUGGAUGGGCAAGUGGCUCACUGUAGAACAAAAGUGCACGGAUCUUCAGAUGGAAGACAAGAGAGCGCUCUCCGAUGAAAACAAGACUCGCAGCUUUUCCUAUAUCAAACCGCUCACGGGCUCUAUUGGGCCGAGGCAAACAAAGUGCAUGGUAACGGAGCAGAUAGACCACUUUGAUCUCGAAAAGGCCGUCAACGUAACUGUCAGCACCCAAAACCCCGACGUCCCAAGCGGCAAUAUCUUUGUCGUCAAGACCAAGUACUGUCUCUCAUGGGCCGAGGGUAAUGCGACUCGCGUCCAGGUCAAUUGCACGAUUGAAUGGUCCGGCAAGAGCUGGCUCAAAGGCGCAAUUGAGAGAGGCGCGAACGAUGGCCAGACACAGUACUGUAAAGACAUAUUCGUCGCGUUGAAGGCGGCCGUUUCCUCCCGCCCUCGAUCCGGGACAGUUACCAACGGUGCGGCACCAAAGAUUAAGAAACGCGGCCGCAAGAGCAAGUCGGCUCUAGCGUCAAAUCCAGCAAGCGAUGUCGAGGGCGUCUCGAAGACAUCGGCCCAGCAGGGCUGGGGCUUGUUUGAGCCUCUCCAUCCCCUGUUUGGCCCCGUUGUGGACACCUUCAGACCUAUUGUCACGGGCAACGUAGUUUACGGGCUGCUCGUCGGACUCCUAGUAGCCUCGUGGUUCGGCUUCGGCGCCAACCGCCAGGCUGUGGCGCCUUACGGCCGAGACAUGGGUUACGUCGGCUAUCCACAACGGCUCGCCGCGUACGAGGAGAUGUGGAGGAAAGAAGAGAGCGAUCUUUGGGACUGGAUAGAAGAGCGAGCCGGCCUAGACCGCCUAGGAGAGCCCCGCGUGCAGCCGAGAAAACGGGUUGUUGAGCCCAGGACGGUGGAGGAGAAGCUUCGCGAGGCCAAGAUGGACGAGCGCGAGAUCAAGGAAGCCCUGCGGGUCACCGAGGAGCACCUGCAGGUUCUCAAGUCAGUUGUUAACAACAAGAAGGUGCCGCCAGCUACGUGAAUGGCAACCCUGGAUGGACUCAUCCAAGCCAUUCAGCCAUAACCGUUAUUAGUCUUUGUCUUGUCUCCGCUCGAGUUUGUUUCUACUCUUCCCACCCAUAUAUCAUAUUACUUACAGUAGGAAGCAGGCGUCCGGAUUAGUCAUGGCGAUUCCUAUAUUAGGAACGGAAUAGUAAAAGUAGUUUUUUAUUUAA